GGCAGAUAGGAAGUGCAGCCGACAUCAGCAACAGCGGCAGAAGCAACAGUUGUAUCUCACAGGGCCUGGGAAACAUCCUGUGCUGGACUUUUGGCUUUUUUUGUUUGCUUUGGUGUUAUGCAAAUGCCAUGGAACAGGAACAUCACCACCACCCUGUGUGCAGCACAAUGGCUACCGUGCGCGUGCAAUGACAACAACAACAACAACAGCAGCAGCAGCAGAUACAACAAUAACAAACGGCAAAGCAGCAGCAACAAGAGAAACACGAAAUGGCCACAAUGCAACGAAAUCAAAGCCAAGGAACAAGCGCAACGCAUUCUCUUGACGCCAGGCAGUCGCAGUCGCAGUCGCCAUUGCCAUCGGUCAGACCCCAGCCAAAAUGUCCAACCGCGCCAACUGCUGCUGCUGCUGUUGCACAAACAAUAAGGCACAGGGGCAACAGCAACAGCAGCCGCAGCCUCAGCCGCAGCAGCAGCAGGAGCAGCACAAGCCUUAGGCCUUGAUGCCUUUGCCAUACUUCUCCCACUAUUUGACUGCGCUUUCCUGCCAUCGUCUGUGGUUGCCACAAAAAGUGUCGUGACCCCAGACGGGCCAAGCCAGGCAUUGCAUAUGGUUAGCUCAGUCUGAGUUGGCUUUUAAAGGGGGGGAGACCCACGGGCGGCAUGUCUGGGGAGUCUGGGCUGGGGCUGAAGCAGCUCAAAAAUUACAUGUUGUUCCUGUUGAAAUGUUUUCUGUUUUGUGUGUGCAGCAUUUCCAUUGUCGUCGACGUUUAUUUCUAAAAAUUUUGUGUUUUUUUUUUUUUGAUUUUUUUUGAAUACCCUUGCAGUGGUAUUGCAACUUUGCCAUUUGGCUCUUAAAGUACAUGAUAAAGAAUUUGCCUUGGAAAUGGUAAAAGGGUGAGCAUUAAAUAAUUUUGAAUUAUUUAAUAUCCUUAAAACGUAAUAUACAGUCCUAAAACUGUUAAAUCACAUAUAAAAAAUCGAUCCAUGCUGCAUUUUUCAACAAAAAUAAAAUAAAAAAAAAUACCA